AUGCUGCGACUAUCACAGCUCUUCGAAGCCAGCAACCGGCGCGACGGCGACGCAGCAGACAUCGCAGCCCCGUCCUCCCAUCCAUCGUCCUGUCUCGCAAGGCCGCCGCCGCCGCCGCCUGAAUCGCCCGAAUCCAUGAUCUCCUCGAACCCGGGGUCGCCCGUCACCUCGCUCUUCUCGACCAGGACGCACACCCGCUUCCCCAGCUCGGUCUCGUCGCUGGCCUCUUCGCCCGUCACCAGCUCGCCCGACGGCUUCGGCGGCACCAAGACGCAGCUGACAGAGGUCAAGGAAGAGCCCGGCGAGCGAGAGACCGGCUGUGUCGAGAGAGAUGGUUACUUUCUUAGUUGCCAAAGGGUGAAGGGAGAAAAAAAGAAACGAGACGCAGUCAAGAGCAAACAAGAUGCUAACGUCAGAGGCUUAGCUCACUUUAAUGACUUCCAUGCCGCCGCUGCCGCCGCCGCAUACGACGACAGCCAUCUCUCGCUGGACUCGCACGACUUCGACCAGAUAGACACCCUCGACGCCGUGGGCGCCUUCAAGAAGCGGAGGUCGGACAGCAGGUCGCUGCGCCAGAUAUCCCGCAUCAGCACUCGCUUCUCCUCGCUCUCGUCUAAAUGGAAGCAGGCCAAGCCCUCGUCGAUCGCAGAUACAGUCGCUACGCGCGAUCGGUACGAAGACUCGCUCAGGUCUCGCGCCAAUUCAGCCACUUCCGCCCUCGCCAGCCCGGCCGCCAGCUUGAUAUCCGCCCGCCAGAGCCUCUGUGCCCCCUCGCCGGCUAGGACGACGUUCGAGGAACGCCUGAACGAGGCUGGCGUGGCCGGCCUGGACAUCGAACGGGCGAACCAGCAGUUCGACGGAGAGCCAGAGAGACAUGUCCGGACGCCGCUGCUCCCCCCGGUCAUGAUGGACCUGCCACACAUCGACAAGGACCAGCAUAUCGACUCUCCGCUGGAGUCCCCGUCCAUUGCUCCCGUGGCAGACUCUCGGGACACCGACAGCCCGCCCAUCACCUCCAUAAGCGAUGUUAUGCCACCGACCUCGCCGGUGUCGCCCAUUACCUCUGCUCAUCCCUCCAUGUCCUCCAUCAGCCGCCAGCUGGCCAUGUCUCGCCUCUACUCGACCCGCAUGGCCAUGUCUGACUCCGUGGACGAGUGGUCCUGCAAGCUGGGACACGCAAACUUCACCAUCUACCCCGAGCCAUACGUUCCCGAGAUCUGUGACAGGGAGGCCCUGAACAACUUCCGUGCCAACUGGGAGCUUGCUCGCUGCAACUACGCAAAACACCUUGCACGGACUGAUGAACACUACGGCUCCACCUCGCAUAUAUACAAACUCACCGAAGAGAAGUGGGUAUCCGUCAACAGCCAGUGGAAGAACGGCUACAACCAUGUCAUCGCCAACCUCGAGGACGGCAACGGUAACCGUCUCUCUCUCAGCCCGUCAGAGGUGCUCCACUGCUCCCAGGACGCCGUCAAGAUACCCGGCCUUCACGACAAGAACAAGUUCCCGGAACUCGGAGACGAGGACAUCGUCGGUCCCAUGUCUGUCGGGCCCGGUCUACAACACUGUCGAUCCAGUGACGAUCGGAUCCUCUCCAAAAAGUCCAUUCUCAAGUUCUUGAACGGCCUCUUCAGCCUCCGCAAGAGCUCAUAA